UUUAAUCAACAGGAUUACUUAGAUUGAUACUCCUGUGUGGUCUAAGUUUUAAACCUUUGUCGAUUAACAUUCUAAAAAAUCAUAAUUUGUGUGCCUAAAGACGAACGAGAGAAUUUUUGCAUAUCGCCACAACAUGCACGCCAUUUCACCGCAAAUGAUGGUCUGGGACCCGUCUACGGUCGGACUGCCACCACAGGCCACGGAUAUGCAAGCCCCAGUUUUGGCACCAGGUUUCCAAACUGUACUUCCUCAUGCGUACCGAAUCGCAGGUGCCGUGCCUCAAAUGUACGCUAGUGCCUCAGUGCAGAAUCCGGCAGAACAUCAAGGCAUUGUAUGGGUUCAGCAAUCACAAAUAAUAAAUCAAGAUCAUACAACGGAAGAUUUCGAAACUGGCGCUCAAGUUUUUACACAUGGGGUUGUCCCGGGUCAAAUCCCAAUGGUACCGCAGCAUAAUAUGAUGCCAGUCAUUAUGACAAUUAAUGGCCAAAGAGUGUUGGCUCAUCAGCCAAUCACACAGAUACAAAGUCCACAGAACGCGUAUUACCAAAUGCCAGAACACGGAACCAUGGUCCAGCAACCUCACGAAGGUUUACACUUGGUGAACAUAGCCGGAAUCAAUCAAAGAAUGCAACAAGGUGUUAGACUGACUUCUCUUCCACACCCACAUGAUAUGAUGCCAACAACAACACAGGCAAUCCAAAACAUACAAGAAAAGCAGCAAUUGGAUAGGCCAAGACUUACUCCAAGGAGACGGAAUGGAUCCACUGUAUUUACUUGUGAUACUGUUGCAUCAUGGAGGCGAGUCAGCGAGGAACGCUCUCUUGGUGGACUCAAUACCGCUAUCCGACGACGAAGCCAAUCUGCUGAUCGUGACGCAAAUGAAGAAUCGACAACUAAUACUGCCGAGAGUCCAACGCCGAACAAACGGGCGGCAACAACUUAUUUUCCAAUAAGGAAUAAUAUCGAGAACCAAAGUGAAUUUUGGCGGGCUCCGGACGCUCGUAUCCUGCGAAAAUUGAUCGACAUUAUCGAGUAUUAUUUCUCAGACGAAUGUCUUACAAGAAACGGUUACAUGCUCAAGCAGAUCAGUAGCACCGAUAGCGAUGGUUAUAUUUCAUUGAGGCGUGUGGCUGCACUCAAGCGUGUAAAAUCCCAAACUCGUGAUCUCCGCACGGUGGCGUAUGCGGUUCGUCAAUCUGACAAAUUGGAAAUGGAUGAAGAGGGAACAAUGAUAAGAAGAAAGCGCCCACUGCCUGAAAAUAUUGAGGCUCCGAGAUUCAUUCGCAGUGUUCUUGCCAUAAAUUUGCCAAAUGAUUCUCCAAGUGUGGAAGAUGUAACCUCACUUUUCACUCCAUAUGGAGACUUGACUCAAGUGCGUGUGCUUCGGCCUGGGAAAUCAAUACCAUCAUACUUGAAAGAAUACACUGCAUGGGUUCCUGAUCUUGGAAGUAGAGUUUGUGCCGUAGUAGAAUUUGAAAAUCAGGAUGAAGCACAGAAAGCUUGCAGAGAAAUAAAUAUGCAAAACAGAGGACAAAACACCCUCAGAGUUGCAUUGUUGAAACCAGGCGCUAGGAUUAGAAGAACUUUAUACAGAAAAUAUAAAGAUGACGUAGUUGAAACAAACGACGACAAACCUGUACCUACAGCAACAAAAAGAGACGCUAUCGAUGCCAACUCUGAAGCGACAUCAAACCUAAGAGUGCGUUGUGCAAGUGAUUCAAGUGAUGGCAGCGCACAUACUGAGCAGAAAAAUUCCAGAAUUAACAAUAACAAUGUUAAUAAUAAUAAAUCCAUCGCAAGGUAUGACUACGAUGCUAGUGGGUCAGGUUCUGAUACUGGUUCCGACACUGACUCUGUCGGAUCUAAAACCGGAAAGUACCGGAUACCAGUAAAACCAGCAUCCGGAUUUGACAGUCGCAAAAAGUGCCAACAUUCCGGUGAUAGUGGUUAUAGUCAUUCAAGUAGCAGCGACGAAAGAGACUCGGUCAUUGGUUCACCUUUGCUCUCUCGAAAAUCUGAUGAAACUACAAAAUCCGGUCCUGGGAUGUUUACAGCUUCGCGUAGAACUUCACCAAUUCAAAAGAAGUUUAUUGACGGUGUGCCUGUAGGAGUAGAAAGGCAACCAAAGGGCCCAGUUGCAGACUGUAAAGGUUUUAACAACGGAAUCCGACAAAAUUUGGAACAAUCACAAAAUAUUUGAAAAAUCAUAUUUAAUUUCAAAUAUAAAAAAUGCAGUCUAAAGAUUGGGGUGAAAUAGCAUUAUAAAAUACCUUGUAUCUGUUUCACUCGACAACAUCGUCGUUUGCUGGACUCAUUGUUUACCGUCUCUCUUAGUAAAAGUUUUCUAGUUUUAUUUUUUCAUUUACUCAGCCUAUAACGGAACACUGAUUUUUGAAAUUACAAACUUGAUUUAUGUAUUGUGAUAAAAAUGCUAAAGCCAUACUUCUGCGUCCAGAGGUGUCGUACUCGAUUAUGUAAGCUUUUCGUGUAUCAAUUUCUUCUUUUCAUAAAUUUAUAUAUAUAUAUAUACUAUAUCUGGAGUCUUUUCCAUAAUUGUAUCAUACAUUUGCUGAUGUGUGGUAUUACUAGCUAUCUCUGUGUUAAACUUGUUUUUUUCUUCGCUGAGCGGCGGUUGCUGUUAAAACUAUUAAAUACAUAUUUUACAUAGAAGGAAACAUUAACAUUCUAUUUGCAUUGUGCAAAAGAGAUAUUAUUUACGCCUCACACAGUGCAAAUAAAAUUACUUGUGAGUAAGGUGGCACUGUAUUGCUUUCGCUAAUAAUAUUUUUUUAUUUUCAUAUAUUGGAAUAUCAUUUAAUCUUUAUUAUUAUUUUCAAAAUUACUUGUUCAAAAGAGAAAAUCAAAGUAAAAAGUUCCUCACUUUGAACAUGUUUUAUUUCAUUUUUAUUUUCGUUUUUUACAUUUUACUAUUUUGCUUGAACUAUCAUAACAACAUUCGAAACAGCGUCAGAAAGCACAGUAAUGCUAUUCAUCUCUGUAUUCAAAAUACAUAACCACUCAUAAGCAUACAAAGUUUCAUCUUAGAUCACAUUUAUUACAAUUCUGAACCAUGUUUAUCUUUAGUCUUAAUUAAGCAAUAAGAGGAUUUUUACAGACGUUAGAACAAAAUCAAACAAGAUAUUCUAUCAUAAUAUAAAGUCGUCAUUGUUUUUUUUUCUUCCCUCAAUAAAUUUGCCUUAUGUUUUCAUGAACUUUUUUUUUCUGUUGUUAAGUAUGCUUCUAUUGAAUUGAAACUUUCUUACUUUAUGGCUUGUAAUAAUAAAAAAUAUUAGCUUUAA